AUGCCGGCACUGGUUUGGAUACAUUUUGAAGCGCUGAGCGAUAUUCAGGCAAGAUGCAAAUAUUGUGCGGCUGUUCUUACAGUGACAAAUGGAUCGACAAAGGGUUUAUGGACACAUGUAAGCCGAAAACACAAACAAGAGCAUUUGACGUUCAAUUACGAGACGAAAGAGGCCGUCGAACAGAUUCAGGCAAUCGCUAAAGAGCCGAUCGUUCGCGGAAUUGCCUCUCGUCAACAAGCCGUUAAAGUUGAGUCAAAAGGGAAAUCUGAAGAAAAGCCUCCUCUUCCACCAAUCGAGAUCACGAAGAAAGCGGAGCCAAAACGAAAACGACGUUUGAAAUAUCGAGAGAAUUCAAUCGGUGCAAUGCUCAAAUCGGUACUACAAAGUGGCGAGCCGAAAACUAUUGACGAGAUUUCUGACUCCGAGGAGCCGUCAACGUCGAAGAAUUCCCACUCCGAUUCAACAAUUUCACUCGGUUCUACCCUUUCUGCGGCUUUUUACGUCGAAUAUCGAAAAACUUUGAAAGAAUUCGGCUACACGCUUUCGCCCGAAAUGGAACAAAGUGGAGGCGAACCGGUACCAGCAUUUUCCGUUUCUACCCUUAUUGAAGCGUUCCGCGCUACGGUCAGCCGCGACUACGAAAAGGCGAUCAGUUUAGUGCGAAAUACUGUGAAGAGUGGUCACGCUUUUACGGCAGAUGAUUUGGAGCUCCUCGAUCAUGUGUUUGCCUGUGUGUUGAACACUUCGCACUAUGACGAAACGAUGAUCGAGGUAUGCUGGGAAUGGAUUGAAGCUUUUGAGAGACCGCCACGCACCGUCGACGCUCGGGUUGUAGCUGGCAGCACCCUAAGCAUCUACUUUGCUUAUCAUACGGUUUGU